AAUUAUGUCUGAAACAUCUGUGUAUGACAGCUGUAAUGAGGGUGCGUGUGACGUCCCACAACAAAGGAAUGAGUCAUGCACCUAAGGGUGGCACCCUCUUGAGCUGAAAGCAUCAUUUACGUAUAUAAAUCAAGAAACCAACAAGUUGGGAAGUGACUACUGAUUUUCAACUGUAAAAAUGAUCAAGAGAUUGAUAUAUCUCACCUUUCUUAUAUCACUAUGGAUGGGUGGCAUGGCACUGAAGACAGUGAUUGUUGGAGCAGUCUUGACCAUAUUUGUGACAUACAUCAUCCUUCCAUUAGUAUAUCACAACUGCCCUGCUCUGCAAAGGCAUCUUGUCUUUUUGACUUUUGUCAACUACCCCAAAAAUGUAAACUUUGAUGAGCCAGAAAAAGAAGGGUUGCCUGGGACACGUAACUUCUACAUUGAGACAGAGAUAGAUGUCAAAGUUGGAGUAUGGCACAUUCUUCCAGAGUCACUAAUAGCAUCAGUUCCUAAAGAAAAUUUGGAUGAUCGAGAAAGUUGGUUUAUUAAGACCUUAAGUGACCACAGGCCAGUCAUACUCUACCUUCAUGGCAACACUGCUUCUCGAGCAGUUGCACACAGAGUAGAACUCUACAAUGUGCUCAGAAAAAUGGAUUACCAUGUAGUGGCCUUUGAUUACAGAGGAUAUGCAGAUUCCACAUAUGUUCAACCAAAUGAAACAAGGGUUGUACACGAUGCCAAAGUAGUCUAUAGAUAUGUUCGAGAGAGAGUUGGCUCAUCACCAUUUUUUGUCUGGGGUCAUUCGCUUGGAACAGGGGUAUCAACACAUGCCGUAGGGGAUCUGUGCCUUGAAGGAGAUAACCCAACAGCCGUAGUACUCGAGUCGCCCUUCAACAACAUCAGGGAUGAGAUCAAGUUCCACCCUCUGUCUUCGAUAUUCCGUAAGAUGCCAAAAUUUGAAUGGCUGUUCCUGAAACCUCUGGCUGCCUCAGGCAUUGAUUUCCGAAGUGAUGAUCACAUUGGCAAUAUAAAUGCUCCCAUACUAAUCAUGCAUGCUGAAGAUGACUUAGUUGUUCCCUAUGCAUUAGGUCGUAAGUUGUAUGAGACAGCAUUAAAAGUUCGUUCAAAUGAUGCACCACCCAUCAAGUUUGUGGGUUUCGAUGCCAAAUAUGGUUAUGCACACAAGUUCAUUUGUCGGGCUCCAGAAAUGCCAGAGAUUUUAAGGGACUUCUUUUCAAAGGCAAUUGAAGGACCAAAUUAAAUAGAUCAGCCAAAGAUCUAUAUGCUAUAAUGGAUUACAUGCAUUUUGCAAACUGAAUGCACAAUAUAUUGAGGAUAAUACUCAUUGCAAAAAAGUAAGUAUGUCUAAAUACCAUGGGUAAGUGAUGAAGAAGUGUGUUGGGACCACCUAAUUUUUAUCUUUAUAAAGUAUUGCAUAAGGUGUAGGGCUUACCUUGUAGUAAUUGCUAAAUGGUAUUUCUUGUAUAUUUGGAAAAUUCCAUUUGCAAUACAAUAUUUUUUGUGUUAAAGUAGACUGCAAUCCUACUUAUCAGAAAAUCUUUGUAUAAAAGUAUUAUUUGUAUGUGAUAAUAUAUGUCCAUUUUAGAACAUGUUUCCUAGGAUGUUAUCAAAGAUAUGGACUGCAAAAUUAUUUAAAGAUACUGAACAUUUGUGUUCAUAAGAAGGUAUAUCAGCAAAGAUGAUUCUUUGUUGAUUUUAUUGUUUGCUGUAGCUUUCUGGUUUGAUACAUGUAACAGUAUUUGAUUUUGUAUUGUAAGUUGUAGUGAAUUUAGAUAAAUUCAAAGAGAAUAGAGUUUAUAAGGUUGAAGCUUGUGAAUAUCAUGUUGCAUUACUGUCACUUCUUGCAACUUCUUGACCCAAGAUAUUCUGUUCGACAAUGCCCCUGAAAGUUUGAUUUACAAUUUUGAAUUAAUGAUAAAGUAUGUGGAAAGGAAAUCAAACUUGAGUAUGAUUGCGUAAAUGAUCAGAUUUUGUUAAUAAAAAUAUUUUUGGUAGUUAAUGGUAACUAGAAACACUAGAAAUAAUAUUCAUUAGAAAUUAGUCAUUUUAUAGGAAGGACCAGUGAGCUUUAAAAAAAAGAAGAAAAGUA